AUGAACAACCCCAAUGCACCCAAUCAGCCGAAUCAGAAUGCGCACAAGUACUUUCAACCUCACAUGGCGCAUAACGCAAAGCAGUUACAGUUCAUUCGCUCGUGUUUUGCAGCCAUAGCCGGAUCAGCAGCAGGCAUUCUUGGAUUGACGAAUUGGAAUGGCUUUUUGUUUUACGCACUCUCUUGGACUAUCCUUGCCAGUUUAUUGUUGCUCAUCAAGUGCCAAAGUCAACCAGGGCUUUACUUCAUCAAUGGUUGGCGUGAACUUGUCGUGGAUGGUGCUUUGAAUGGUCUCUUAUCAUAUAUCUUAUUCCAUACCUUCUUAUACGGUCUUGUCCACUUGUAUCAAUGA